GAGGUAAAGCUCAUGGGGCGGCUUGGGGAAAUCACCUAAACGCAUCGCCCAUCGUCACACACUCAGACGUUCGGGCGAGACGAAGCGCACGGAUACCUCAUGCCCGGUUGAUUCCUUCUACAAUUCUACUUAAUUUCAUAGCUAACACUUUUGCCCAAUCAGAUUCUGCCCAUGUGCACAGUUGUAUGUUUUUCUGCAGCUGCUGCAGUGAGGCACUGUGUGAAAGCACCCUGCUGCCUGUCCCCGCUCACAUCCUUCAAGGCAGAACUCCGUGUGCUCUGCUGCUCUUCUCGGCCGUCUCCUUGGCACGCUGUUCCGAUAAGCUAUGGGGCAUUCAGAUUUGCCCCAGCUGUGUCACAGGCCAGCACGUCUUGACGGACCACAGCCUGUCGUCUUCUUCCACUCUCUCAUAGCCACUGCGCCUUGGUCCGGCCUCAGCUGCCCCAUUGUGUCACGUGAUAGGAAAAUAAAAUUGAAUUGCUUUUCAUCAGGGCUCACGGCCUCAGCCAAACACCAUGUCCUGGAUGAUCCUUGAAGGAGUGAAGGAGAAAACCCAGGACGCUGUCACAUAUGUAUAGCUCAAUGCCAGUUUCCAUGGUCCCUUGACCCUGGAUCAAUGGCUGAAAAUAUCAUUACGCAGUGGAGGAAGCCAUAGAAAUGAACAUGUCACUGAGGUUUUUGUGACUCUUACUCCAGUCAGAAUUCAGAUGCUGAGGGUUACAUUCCCAUCAAUACAGCAACAUUCAAAAAGCGUUUGUUAUUCUCACGACGUUUGACCUUCUGUUCUCAAAGCCCUCGAAGUCUCCAUCUCAAGACAUAAGUGGAGUUGCAUGCAUUUUUAAAUAACAACUUGUUUCUACACUAAUUUUUAGGUCCGAUGUAAGAUUUCAUUGGGCAAACAUGUCAACAAAGUCAGGGACACUGUCAGCCUGUCAUGUGAUGACGGCAGGAAGCUUUUUAACAACCUUAAGAUGGAUACUUUAGGGAAUGAAACAGCCUUGACACAAGGAGAUGGAGAUUCUUUUUGUGAAUGGUAACGGGCAGUUCGUCACUGUUAGCUUGCAAUAAAGAAAUCUGAGGAUCGGAUGCUUAACAGGCUGUUUUUUUAAUGGGUCAAGGCUGGGUGACACAUUCAAAGAUGCUGGAUAUUAGCAAGGGGUGGAAAACAUGAUCAAGAGCCUUGUUGAUUAAUUUCAGAGCUUGUUUCAGAAGUGUUUCUGACCAUGCGUUGAGUGGCACGUUAGUAGUGAUUCAGGUUGUGGUCGUCACACUGACUUCAGUGUUAUGAUGUCAGGACAUGUCAGGAAGGUCCUCUGAUCCUUGGACAGGGAGAAGCAAAGGCACCUGAUUCCGCUGCAGCCACCACGGCAAGAUGCCAGCAGGGUGUGAAGUGGAGGUUACCUUGGGAUCUUUUAUUUAUUUUUUUUCUAAGCGUUUCUGCUGCGAGUGACUCAUGUCAGACCUGAAGAGCUCGCCUUUAAAGCCCCUGUCCAUCCCUCCCUCCUCAAUGAGAGGCAUCAGGCCACUUCUCGGGCUCCAGCGUCGACCCAGGUGCGUGCGCACGCCGCUGGGAAUCUGCCACUCCUGCUGCCCUGGGACCCUCUGAAGCGGCACCGCGGGGCUCGUCCUUCAUCACCAUGACGUCCACCUUCUCUCUUCUCCUCAUCUCCUGCGGAUCUUCAGCAGUCAUCACUGGGGCCUGCGAGAGGGACUCCCAGUGUGGCGGCGCUAUGUGCUGUGCCGUCAGCCUCUGGAUACGAAACCUGCGCAUGUGCACCCCCAUGGGGCAGGAGGGGGAAGACUGCCACCCUCUGAGCCACAAAGUCCCCUUCUUCGGGAAGAGGCUUCACCACACAUGUCCCUGCCUGCCGAACCUGGCGUGUGUCAUGACAGAUGACUCAAAAUCCAAAUGCCUGCCUUUAUACAAAGUCCAAGACUACUAUUUCUGAGAAGAUGGAGCGCAUAACCUCUGUUUCAGCUGUUUCUGUGAUUCUGGUGUCAAAAAGUUUUAGGAAUAUAUCUGUAUUCUAUUUAUACAGUCAGAUGAGUUGCCUUACUCUGAUGAAUGUAAAUAUCGUCUGUACAGCACUUCAGGUUCAGGUCCUGUUCUUUAAAAGUGCUAUAUAAAGAAACAUAAACCUUAAUGCUGAACACAAUCGUAAAUAAGACACAAGAUACACUCUUUGGAUUAAAGUCCUUUAUAGCUUUAACUCGAAUUUGCCUUGAAGAUUUUUAGUCCUAGAUAAAUUGUUCCCAGAUAAGAACAGGGGUGUGUGCUGUUCCGAAUCCACCCUGUUAGCGAUAAUGCUGUGGUGAUUUCAGUUAUUUUGUUUAAUUGGGAAGUCGGAUACUUCCCCUUUUCAGUGUUUCAUGUAAAUAAAGAAUCCUGCAUCUCUGUAGCCAUGUGCAGACAUUUUAACUGUCCUUCAACUAAUUGAGCAUUUAUGGCAUUGCUUAUUUUCAUGUUAUGAAAAUAUAAACUCCUGAAUACCAGUUUUAUGUGAAGCCUUAGAGCUCCAUUAGUUCAUUAUCCCAGGAAUGUGAAACUCACAUGUUCAUUUUAUGCUGGUUUUUAGGGCCCAAUUUGAACCUUCGUGCCAUUUUUUCAUCCCAUUAAAAUAAACCAGACGUG